AAAGCUGCGGAGGAGAAGUUGGGGAGGGGAGAGGAAGGGGAGACCGCGGACUGGAGGAGAAGGAGGAACCGGCUUUCUAGGCAGCAGCCCGCAGGAAAAAAAGAGAAGAAAAAUUCAACGGGGUUGAUCCAGCCACGGCAGCUUCCAGACGCUCGCGGGACCGGGCGCCGGCGCUCUGCGGGGAAAGGAGAGUUAUUUUGGCGCCUUUUAGCCAGGCUGGCGAUUGCGCCUUCGGGCUCCUGUCACUCGCUACAGAACUCGGCUGCCGAAGGAGGCAACGGGGACACGGCGGGGCUGAAGCGGAUGCUCCCGCAGCCGCAACCGCGCUGAAACCACCAGCGCGCCGAAAGAUGCGGCGACCGCCUCGGGUGGGCUGGUGUGCCCGACCUUCCCGGCUCUCGCUCGGGCUCAGCCAAUCCGCCCCGACCAAGCCCGACUUUGCGUCUCUUUGAGUCUGCAGCGCGCCCGUCGCCCCCGGGAUGGGGGCGCCGAAGUCCCACCGCAUCCCUGGCGGAGUUGGGCAGCUGAUCUCCUGGCCGGGGCUGGUUAAUCCCCCGGCUACAGAAACUGGAUUAACCCCUUCGCUCCUACUGUUGGCCGUCCAGGAGGCUGCUACUCGGGGGGCGAAGAACGGACUCCACGGGGUCAAGAGCGAAGCCCCGGCCCUCCACAUCGGGAACGGAACCCGCGGCUUCCAAAGAAGCCUGCCCCGAGGUCUCGGCUGGACCGAACUGGUGGUGAAACUGGGGAACCCGGAGAUCGCCAGGCAGUUGCUCCUGCGAGGCGCCGACCCGGAUCUGAAAGACCGCACCGGCUUCGCUGUCCUGCACGACGCGGCCCGUGCCGGCUUCCUCGACACGCUGCAGACUUUGCUGGAGUUCGGAGCGGACGUGAACGUGGAGGACAACGAGGGCAACCUGCCGCUGCAUUUGGCCGCCCAAGAGGGCCACCUGGCUGUCGUGGCCUUCCUCCUGGAGCGCACGGCCAGCCGGGUGGAGCAUCGCAACAAGAAGGGAGCCACCGCCUACGACCUGGCCAAGCUUUACAAGAGGCAGGCCGUCGCCAAACUGCUGGAGAACAGCAGGCGGAGGGAGGGCGCCCUCAGCGGGGACUGAAGCCCACCCCUUGCCCUGGACUCCAAAGUGCCUGCUUCUACACCUGUCGCCUUUCCUUUCCUCUCUCUCUCUCUUCAUCUUAAUCAAAGUAUGGGGUCGGUCUUUUUUUUUUUUUUUUAAUGCAGACAUGGAGAUGUCUGAAGGUGUGUUUUUGUGCUUUCUGGUAACUUGUAAAAGAUCUAUAAAAGCUUACUGUGAUUUCCCAUCCCUGAACAUUAUCUAGCCUAACAGAGGUUAACAUAAUAUGAAACAGUGCAUGAAGGAGUGUAUAUGUGAAAGACCUUUUGUGCCAGAAGGGGAAGUGGUAGGAAAAGAGAGACUUUUGGACAAUUGAAUCACAAAUGUUUGAUGAGAUGGAUAAGCUAACAAAAGGUCUAUGGGAAAGUGCUUUCAUUAAAAGUGCUUUCAUUGUUAUUUUUCUUCUAUUUUUAUUGUCAUGCCUUAUCGCCUAAACAUCUCUUUUUCUGAAGGAAGUUCUGCUGAAAUCUAGCUUUCUUCUAGUUAAACAUGUUUAGGACCAAAGGUUCGGUUAAUUCACCACAUGUAUCUGACCAGAGACAAAGUCUCAAUUUGGGGUAGUUUGAAUAGUGAAGCUUCAAUAUAAUGUAUAAUAAUAAAAAGAGUAAAAAGGGAAUUUAUCAAGUCCAAAGUCACACAGUGUGGGAAUAUGAUAUCUUGGCUAUUUGCACAAACACAAGUUUAAAAUUUAAAAAAAGUAAUUUAUAAGAUUAGAUCACAUUUAAUGACUUGAUCAAAUUUUGGGAAUGUUCUAGAUUUUUCUCAGAUUAAACUGCCAGAGUAGUACUAUUUACUCACAUUUGUUCCAGUAGAAUAAAUCCAGAAUAAGCAUAUAUUUUUGUGGUUAAGACUUGGGAUUUUAGAUGAAAGCCUCUUUUACAGAGUCAUUUCUAUAUAACUGUAGUGUAAGCACUCAGAAGCAAAAAUGUGAAGUUGGAUUGUUUUAGUUGCAGUUUUCUAUGUAUGUGGGAUUGAACUGCACUGAACUCAGUGAGUGGAGCUUAGUUCUGAGCAGAUGUGGCUAAGAUUGCAUUGUUACUUGGAGUUUUAGGAUUGCUGAGUAGAAAAGCUAUUAAACAUGUAUUUUGCAUGGGAAUAAAUUACAAAACCUAUAACUUUUAUCAAUUAUUUAGAAUAAUUUCACUCUCAUCCUGAUAGUUUUCUGAUUAAAAACUUCAGCUUGUUGCAGUGGAGAGAAUUCAUUGCUAUUCGCCUCCACGAAGAAUUUUCUGUGUCAUAAUGAUUCAACUUGCUGUGAAGAUAAAAAACUGAGAAACUGUGAUGUUUUAUGUGACCCAGG